AUGGGUCUCUCAAGCGAUGCUCAAUCACACUACAAGACACACAAACUCUUCCUCAUCAGCAAUUACAUCUUACUGGGAGCAGCCUCCAGUUGCAUCUUCCUCACACUCUCCCUCCGCCUUCUCCCCUCCGUCGCCGGCGGACUGCUUGUCCUCCUCCACAUCAUCACCAUAGCCGGAGCCAUUUCAGGCUGCAACGCGGUGUCGGCCGGGUCAAGCAAGUGGUACGCAGCCCACAUGGUGGCGGCUGUCCUCACCGCGAUUUUCCAGGGAUCUGUAUCUGUACUGAUUUUCACGACGACUUCGAAUUUCUUAGCGGCGUUGAAGUCGUACGUGAGGGAGGACGAUGCGGCGGUGAUAUUGAAGAUGGCCGGUGGACUCUGUGUUUUGAUGUUCUUUAUGGAAUGGUUGGUUUUGACACUUGCUUUCUUCUUAAGGUAUUAUGCUUUUGUUGACGGAAACCGGACCACCGGGAAGGUACAGGCGGAGGACGACUCUAAGUGGUGGGCAACACCGUUCCAAGUUUAA